AUUUUGCUCAAAUCAGUUGCGUUUUAAGAGUGGUUAACUGCGGGUAUUUUUUCAAAUGAAUCCGACAACUUGUUACUGCAAACACAGAAAUGUGAAUCCCCUGAAAAUGAAAUUUUCUCCAUUCCUAAAAAAUACAAACGGGUCAUUUAAAUGCUCUUGUGAACACAGUGAAACCGAGAAACUAAAAAAGGAGAUGGCCCUGGUUAAAAAAAAGUUGGAUGAAGCCUAUGACACAAUUGCUGAAAUGGAAUUCGAAUUGGAUAGUGUAGACUUACUGGCUCUCCAAAAUCAAUGGCUACACGAAGAGUUAAUAAAACUAAAGUCGGAGAAGGAGAGUGUUAUUUCCAGGCAAGAGGAGGAGGAUCCAGCUACUCGAAAAAAUCGACGCAGUUAUCGGCAGCAAGUUUCUGCAGGAGUUCUGGAACCCCAACUUGAAAGUCCAACCCAAGAACAGCGAUAUGGACUCAUUCUGCAACAACUUAAAAAUAAUUUGAUAUUUCAAGGGAAUUUAUUAACAACUUCUAAAAACAACUUAAGUGAUAUUUAAUUUAAUUUUAUAUCCCAAGGCGGAAUUUAUUAAUCAUCAAGAAGAGAAACAAACUUUGGAAGCCGAAGUUUAAAUACCAUGGCAGCUUUUGCAAAAAUUAAAUUGUCCUUACAAAAACUAU